AUGUUUCAACAAUCAUCAUUCCGUGGUGGUCCUAUGCAUCUAGGAAGAAGUAUUGGAGACAGUGACAAUUAUGGUACUUAUUCAGAUGAUGUUAGCGGUUAUGGCGAUCGCUCGACUUAUUAUUCGCCGCAUGAUGACCGUCGUAAUUUUCAUGAUCGUGAUCAGGAACAACUCUUUAGUUUUCGUACCAACAAUGGUUCUAAUACGUCUUCAUUUAAUCGUAAUAAUUCUUGGAAAUAUUCAGCAACAAAUUCUGAUCUACCACCUCCUACUACAUUACCAUCUCUUAUUGUACCACAAAAUACUGUUGGACCAUGCCGAGGUAAUUUUUAUAAUAAUCCAAAUUAUAAUGAACCUCCAACAUCAUUAAGUGUAUAA